UGAAAAGCUGAUAUUAGAUGAUAAUUCGUUUUAUUUGCGUUUGUUUUAUUUUGUUUUAUUUAUUGCGUCCUCGAGAAUAAUCGAAAUCAAGAUCAUCGUCGAGAAUCAAGAUGAUCGUGCCACCCCAUGCAACUAGAGUGCUGCUGAUACUGACGGUAACGUUUGUUUUUUAUUUACUUGUCAUGGACUACAUACUUUAUAGUCGCAUGCAGAACUAUUCUAUUAGACCAAUAAAAUCUGAAAAGAAUUACGACGGCAAACUGGCGUGUGACAUUGAUCCAUUUUGCGUUGUGACUGUUAAGGCUUUGGUACUGGACUAUCCUAAUCUUUAUAUUUUAAGUCCACUGGCAGCUGUGGUUGAUCACGUGCUGCACAUCAGUAAAUCCUGGACAUUGAUAACGCCAAAUGCGAUAAGUGGAUUUCACGUGCUAGUGGCAGUGUUGGCUGGGUAUUUCGUGUCCAGUCGUUCUUUAUGCGAACGUCGAAUUGGUGUGAUUCUUUUUGAAUUUAGAACUUGGUUGGAUGAUUUGGAUGGCCACGUUGCUAGAAUGAGGAAACACAUAACUGGGGAAAGAUCCGAUGUUGGUUCAGCUGGUUACUGGGUUGAUGGAAUUUGCGAUGGUCUGGGUUGUAUAGCUUUGAUGGUUGGGGUUUAUUUUUUUGUCACGAAAAAUCCAAUACGUCGAUCCUAUGAUAAGCUGCCUAAAAUACUUCCUGGCUUGGAGAGCCAAGAUAUCAGUGCAGAAAUCAUCAACAAAAACAUGCGCAAAAGAUUUGCUUGGAGUAAAGUUUUAUUGAUCAGUGGUCAUCUCAUGAUAGCCUCUGUCGGUUGGAACCGAUACAUCUCUUUGUAUCAAAACGUUUUAGAAGCAGACAAUACUUUGUUGGGUAUUCCGAAAGAUGAGUUGUACAUUAGGCAGAGUGAGAUCAUGAGAUCUGGCUUUUUUUGGGUAGUGGCAGUUGCCUGGAGGCUUAUCAAUUUUCACUCAACAAUGGACUACUUGCUAAUAGCUAUAUUUUUGGACAGAUUGUGGGUGUAUUCCAAGUUACUCAAAUGGUUUGGAUACAUUGUACCAUUGGUAGUUAUUUACAUAACAGAAUUUCACUAUCUGCAGACUUAUGCCUACGUCAUGAGAGGUUCAACUGAAUUUGCAGUAACUCAAGAAACACGUAACAUUACUGCAUUACCAAAUUUUUGAUGUAUCACAACUGCAGUGUGAAAGAUUAUUGUUAACAGCUGAAAGGUAAUGACUAAUUAGUACACUCUCAUUAUUAAAGAAUCGCGUAAACUUCUCGUUUA